AUGGAAAUUGUUACUUCAUCUGUUAGUUCAAUUUCUGAAAUUAUUUUCAGCCGUUUGUUUGAUGCACCAGGCCGUCUGAUUGGCUACCUGCUUAACUACAAUGACAACAUCGAAGCAUUACGAAAUCAAGCUCAGAAACUCAAGGAUACCAGACACAGCAUGCAAUUGAGAAUUGGUGCUGCUGAAAGAAACAGAGAAAUUAUCUUACCUGAUGUCCAAAGCUGGAUAUCUAAAGUUGAUAAUGUCUCUGCAGAAGCAGAAAAGUUUUUGGAAGAUGAAGGCAAUGCUAACAAGAUGUGCUUCAAGGGGUGGUGCAUCAAUGUCCAACAUCGUUACCAGAACAGCAAGGUGGCAAAGCAGAAGAUAACGGUGAUCACUCAGCUCCAAGAAGAGGGAAAAUUUCAAACUCUAUCUCAGCCUGCUCCUCCUCCUUCAAGCAUUAUCUCUCCAGCUGCAGGAUUUUCUGGAAUUUUUGAAUCCAGAGAAUCAAUCAAGAAUGACAUUAUGGAGGCCCUGAAAGAUGACAAGGUCAGCAUAAUUGGAAUAUGUGGGAUGUGGGGUGUGGGUAAAACCACACUGGUGAAACAAGUUGGCAAACAAGCUGGGGAAGAGAAGUUGUAUGAUUCAAUCGUUAUGGUGGCUGUUUCUCAAGCCCCAGAUAUCAUGAAAAUUCAAGCCGAAAUUGCUGAACUGCUAGGUAUGACUUCACUCUUGGUUCACUCUAAAUCGGCAAGGGCUAAUUCCUUGUUGGGGAGAAUUAAGAGUGAGAAACGAAUCCUCAUAAUAUUGGAUGACGUUUGGUCAAGGAUUGAAUUGGAGGAGAUCGGAAUUCCUUUUGGAAAGGACCACGGAGGCUGUAAGAUCGUGCUUACGUCUCGAAGAAAAGAUGCAUUUGAUCAAAUGAACUGUGAAAAGAUAUUUAUCAUUGAAACUUUGUCAAAACAAGAGUCGUGGGUGCUAUUCAAGGAGCAUGUGGGAAUGGAUGUUGAAAAUUCAGCUAUAAGCAAAAUCGCAACAGAUGUAGUCGCUGAAUGUGAUGGCUUGCCAAUUGCAAUUGUGACAAUAGCAAGGGCAUUAAAGAAUAAAAACAAGGAUGUGUGGAAUGAUGUGGCAGGACAACUAAGAACGUCUACUCCAAUUGAUAUCCUAGGGAUACAAGAAAGUGUGAUUUCACCUUUGGAGUUGAGCAUCAAAAAUAUAGCAAGUGAGGAAGCAAAAUCAUUGUUCUUCUGUUGUAGCGUGUUUCCAAAGGAUUUUGAAAUCCCAAUUGAAGUUUUAGUGAGAUAUGGAGUGGCUUUGAGGUGGUUCAAAAAUGUUGAGACAAUGAAGGAUGUUAGAUACAGAGUGCAUGCUAUUGUAAGUACCCUCGCCUCUUCUUUUUUCUUGAUUUAUAGAGAACAUCACUACUCUAUUGUGGAAAAGUAUGUAAAAUUGCAUAAUGUUAUACGCUAUGUUACACAUAUAAUAGCACCUAAGUACAACCAAGUAUUUUUGGUCAAAGUUUGCACUGGUCUAAAUGAGUGGCCAAGCAGAGAUACAUAUGAAGAUCUCACAUGUAUCUCAUUGAUGUCAAAUAAUAUUGAAGAGGUGCCAAAUGUAAUGAAAUGCCCAAAGUUACAGUCUUUACUAUUGCAGGGAAAUUACAAAUUGGUUUUCUCUGACAAUUUCUUUCAAUGGAUGAAAGAUCUUAGAGUCUUAGACUUAAGUGAAACUCAGUUAUUCCCAUUGCCUAAGUCACUUUCUUCGCUGGUAAAUCUUAGAACUGUUGAGAUAUGUUGA